UCAGAUUUCCUGUUCUAUCGUCAUAACGACUGUACAGGAAGUAGGUGACACAUUGCACAGCAGCUGUUUGCCGUUCUUCUCCCUGUGUAAACCCAGCUCCGGUAUGAAGUAUGGAGGGCCAAAGUCGAACCAAAGUGGUCCUGCUGGCCUGUGGGUCCUUCAACCCCGUCACCAACAUGCACCUGAGGAUGUUUGAGCUGGCGCGAGAUCAUCUGGAAGACACAGGUCAGUACAGGGUGGUGAAAGGCAUAAUCUCUCCAGUGGGGGAUGGCUAUAAGAAGAAGGGUUUGAUAGAGGCCUGCCAUCGUCUGGAGAUGGCCAGAUUGGCCACAGAGAACUCAGACUGGAUCAUAGUAGAUUCCUGGGAGAGCUUACAGCCUGAGUGGGUGGAGACAAAUAAAGUUGUUAGGCAUCACUAUGAUGAACUUGCAGCAGAGCAGAACGACGACGAUGUGGACACAGUGAAGUACUCAAAAAAGAGACGCAUAAAUAAACAAGUUUAUUGUUUUGAAGGUUCAUCUCAUCAGAAAAGGAGAGGCUGCCCUCAGCUGAUGUUGCUGUGUGGGGCUGAUGUCCUGGAGUCCUUUGGGCAACCCAAUCUGUGGAAGCAGGAGGAUAUCAAUGAAAUUGUGAGCUUCUACGGUUUGGUGUGUGUCACCCGCAGUGGCAGUGACCCACACAAGUUCAUCCAACAGUCAGACACGCUGUGGAAGUAUCGCAGGAACAUUCACAUUGUGCAUGAGUGGGUGACCAACGAGAUCUCAGCCACUCACGUGCGCCGGGCCCUUCGCAGAAGUCAGAGCGUCAGGUACCUGCUGCCAGACACUGUGGUUGACUACAUAAAAGUGCACCACCUUUACACUGCUGAGAGUGAGCAGAAAAAUGCUGAUGUGGUUCUGGCACCCCUUCAGAGAUACACAGGUGCAUCAUCAAGCUGAGGAGGUGAUGGGGUGGGGUUGUGAAUUAAAAACAAAUCAGACACAUUUUAAAAACUAGAAUUAAGCUUUCACCAGUGCCUAAAAUAGUUGCACAAUAAUCUUUUAUUAUUGUGUAUUUUUUUUAAGAAGACACUGUAGAUCUUCAUUGACUAUUGCUGUAGUGUGUGUGUGUGUGUGGGGGGGGGGAAUACUUGAGUCAAACACAGAACAACUGAGUAGCGGUCACAUAAAUGAAAUAUACACUAAAUGUGGUGUGUGUUUAUUGAACCGGGGAUUCACCAUUUUAUGUGAAACGGUAUAAAUUACAUUUGGGAUUGCAUAAAAUAUGAUCACGAACAAGUUACUUCAUCUUUUUUCAACACGGUUUCCUACUUCGAUAAACUCUCAACUCGUGUGUGGAGCUAGAACAGGAUUUUGUAAUGGACUGCAGAUUUGAAAAUGAAGGUGUGAUUUGUACUUAUUUGAAAUGAAAUAAACAACU